AUGGAUGAUCACCCCGACAGUGCUCUACACUAUGGGCACGUGGGACGAGCUGUCUACCUCCCAGAGACGAAGACAUGGACCUUCGCCCGCUCUUUCGCCCGCUGUACCCCAAUCUCAUACACCGGUCUAACCCGGACUACGAUUUCGCCGGCACGGAACACCACUGAAUUACAACCGCGGCCUAAAACUUCUCGACAAGCAGACGACAAACUGAUUCCGAAUGCCCAACCCGAGCUUGCUGGACAAUGGCCCACUAUUUGCGAUGAUGCCCUUUCCAAGGUUAUUACAAAUGCAGCCGAUCUUUGCGACCCCCAAAUCUCUACUCUUUUUGAUCUGGGUUAUGCUUUGGAUCAUGCGAGCGAUGAUUCAGCGAGUAUACCGGACCCGGUGGCCGUUGCAGCCGCAGUGACUGGCGUUAGUCGCGAUACCAUCUCGUUCCGAUUGAUGAGGGAUGACCUGGUAGAGAUCCAGAACAAGGGCUCUCAACAUGAUGUUCCGUUACUUAUACCAUCCAUUGGCGAUGUGGAGACAACUGAAUGGUCGCAACGAAAAGCCCCGAUCCAGCAAGUCCGUUUUGCGCGAACCGUGGGAAAAAAGGCCGCUUGGAUGGCUGCUCGUUUAAAAACGUCAGUCAUGAUUUUUCGACCCAUAUUUCAGCCCGUGCCCGUGCCCGCGCACAUAAAUGUCACCGAUACAGAGGCUCUCUCUAUUCCUUUCCGAAACUCUCGACUCGAUGCCAACCCCGUUGUGGAGUUGCUGCAAGACUUCACGGGAGGAUUUACCUUGGCCGAUGUGACUUUCAAUCCGUGGUACUCGAGAAAAUUCGGCGUUGUUGAUAUCAUGGGCAACUGGUCCAUUUGGGAGAUCACGGGUCGGCAGAAGAAGCAUGGAUCCACCUACGCUCCUCGGAAACUCAUGAUGGCCUCAUUGCCAUCAUCAUCGUCACCGAAAGACUCUAAACCUAUACGCCCGAGACACGAUGGCUGGGCAUCGAUCGAGUGGGUUGUUGAUUCCUCGACUCUAGUGGUUUCUGAUCGUCGUUGCACUAUGCUUUACGAGAUGACCGACGAGAUGACCGGCAAGAGUGCUCGAUCUAGCAUUGUCGAACUCGGCAUGGACAAAAACUCCGAGUGGGUUUUGGAUAUGCAACGAAGCAUACAGGAUCCUUCUCACUUCUUCGUUCUUACAACUUCGCGACUGCUCUGGUUCGAUGUCACAAGAGCGCCUAUCUCAAAUGGCAUGAGGCCAUCUUUACCUCCUUUUGUUACCUGGCGUCAUUUUCGAGAUCCUGAGGAUACAACAUUACGUAUCAGCGAUCUCAUGGUUAAUGGCGAUUUGUAUUUAACUCUAUACUCACGACUCACCGACCUUGUCCAAGGAUUCCCAUGUCCAAUUCUCGAAGAUAAAAAGACAGAGCUGGUCUCUGUGCCCGAUCCUUUCAUUCUCAAGGUACCCAAGGCAGGGGAUAUCUCUCCCGAAAAUAUGUCGUUGAAUUACUCGAAAUUCGUGUUUCGACAAGUCCACCACACUCCUGCACAUGCGACAAUUUGCCACAGUCCUAAGAUGACGCUCCUCAAACUCUUUUGGGCCGAUCAAUACCUAUCCAUUCAUGAAACACUGUUUAAAGGCCCAGAAAAUCACCAGAAACAGGGCGAAGGGAAGGCUCCUCUCGAAGGUGUCAGUUUUUUGAAGGCCAAAUCCCCUUUUCCACCUAUGAAAGAGAGCAAUACCGACGAGGAGGGGUUCGAUGACGAGGAGUUCAUUGUGGAGGACUGGGAUGAAUCUGCGAUUUCACGCCUCAUUUUUUGCCAACCUGGCCUCGAGGUUUCUGCCAUGGACACCUUAUACAACCGCACAGAAGAUCUCCAAUGGACCCUAGAUUGGACAUCUGUCUACACUCGGGCAGUGGAUAACCUGAUGGUCCCGACAAACCCAUUUGACUCGCAAGGGACUCAAUUGACCUUGGAUCGUAUCAUUGAAACCUUAAAAAAGGAUCCGAGUGGGGAAUUCGACCAAUCUGAUGCUAGCAAAACCAUGCUGGAGAUUAGCGUUGAUCGCCCAUCAAUGUUGAAUGAUAUAGAUGAUGAAGCGGACGAUUUAGCUCGUCUUGUUUCAACUCUUUUGACCAAGAGCUUGGAUGCACAGGCUCCGUGGCAUUAUAUGAUCUUGCCUUUACAAUUCGCAAAUAUAUUUCUAGGCCUGACAGGCAUUUCGCCGGAUCCACGGUUGGAUUUCCUCGAAACAUACAACCACCUGGUCGACGAAUGGGUCGCGCCUCUACCCCAUGGCGAAGAAGGUAUACCUGACUCUACACGUGUAUUGAAAGAGCGAUCUGUUCGGGGCAUUGCCCUUGACCUUCUUCUUGCUCGCCUCAUUCGGAUAUCAAACGUUCCCAACGCAGACAAACUGACCAGUGAGGCCAAAUUUACCAAUACGCAUCGGAGUCAGAAGGAGCUCACGCCAUCAUCACAACACCAUCGUUUACAGUUGCCAUCCUCACAAAUGACCCCUACUCAGACAUCGAGUGCAAAAGACAAGACAAAAAAAGUGACCGCUACGAACUACACGGCUCUCUCUACAUAUACGGGGUUUAAACAACCCCGCCCAAUGCCUCAAAAUGUGGGUAACUUGUUAUCUCAUUGGCAAAUGGGCGUUGACCCGGCCACAUAUGAAUGGCAGAAAAGCUUGCGACUGCUUGACGAAGAUGGGAAUCAGACGACGAAGACUUCCAGGCAAAGGCAGCGUAAGAGGAGAUCGCGGGUUAUGCCUGCUACUGCAACUAUCACUGUACCUGAACCUGAACCUGAACCUGCGUCAUCCCUGCCGCCGACUCCUGUCACACCCAUGAUCCGUACCUGGGGCAGUCAACCUGCCCAGCCACCGAUGCCCAUUCAAAGCAGCCAGCCCACGAUGGACGAAGCGCCAAUGACACAGAUGGAACGAGGACAAUUUGGAGCACGUGAAGUCAAGAAGAGCAGCAAACCCAAGAAAAAGAAGCGAGCUGCCGGUUUCUAG